GCUGUACAUAAUUAUUUCACUUCUCACUUCACAAUUACAACCAAAACAUAAAUAUAUCGAUAAUUCUUUAUUUCGUCUCACUCUUCUCAUUGCUCUUAACAUAUGCUCUCAAUGCUCUCUCACCUUCGCAUCAUUAUCUUAUAAGAGCUCUUGUGUCGUCAUCGUAAAAGGGCGCAUACGAGUCUCCAUCGUACCCCUAACAGUUCGAAAAAAAAGAAAAAAAGGAGACCCUCUACUCUACGGAGAGGAGGGUGGCCUGAAGCUGGUUUGGAACUAGCGGUGUCUACCUCGGGGCGUAUGGUGGAGGCUAUGAGUGAUGGGGAGAGCGAUGACGGCAAGCGAGCGUCGAAAAAGCGCAAGGCUAGUCGCGCUUGCGACCGCUGCAACUCUCAACAUCAGCCAUGCGAUAAUGCCGUCCCGAAGUGCAGCGUUUGUGUACGCGCAGGCACCGACUGUACCUACAACAGACCUGUGCGGAAAAGAGGUCCUCGUAGUGGGUACACCGGCCAGAAUGGCGAACGUCUAUGGGCCAUAGUCCUUCAGGCACGGCCCGAACUCGAGGAUGUCGUUUUGCAGGUCCUGCGCGGCGGUACGUAUGGAGGCACUGGUAUUCCUAAUCUGGACUAUUAUAAGAACAACGAAAACCAGGCAGAAUUGGUUAAUAGAUUCAACGAGAGUCGACUCGGCAGAUUUCUGCAGAAUGGAGAAUCCCCUGACCUGUUCCUACCCCCUCUGGACCGACGCGUCUCGCCGGUCAUCUCUAAAGUGCGCAAUGAGAUGGGUUUUACUCAAUCCUCAAAUUCUCGCCGUCAGCCUGACAUGGCCAGGGAUGUUCCCGGCUUGUCUAAUAGAUCGGUCUCGUCUGUUUCAGGACCUCAACCUAGUUCAAUAAACCCUCAUGGCGCUCCUCAAGAUCCCAGCGACAUUUAUAUUCAGAGCCAGGAUAUUCGAAAACGGACUUUCCGUCCUAAUCAGAACCAGAUACAUAGUUAUAAUACGGGAUUUUCCGAGGAUGGACCUCAGAAUUUCAAUUUGGAUCGCGCAUCAUCAGUUUUGGCAGCUCCUCAAGAUUCUACACCUUUUGGAUCGAAUGGCUCCACUGAUGAAUAUGGGGAAAACUCGCGGCAUACGAGCGAGCGUUUAGUGCCGGAAAGGCAAACGAGUGUCAACAUGGCAAUGGGCCUUUCGCAACAUUCGCAAUCCAUUGAACCAAGCAAUCCGCUCCCUGUAACACAGCAAACCGAUGGACUCCACUUGGAUGAGACUUCUCGAUGGCUCGACUCAACACCGUUUGACACAUUACGAAAUCUAGGGUUUGCCCCUGGGGAGAGCAUGGCGGAGGAUUUCCUCGAGCUAUGCGAGAACCCCGACCCCGUUGAUCAUACUCCAGCCACCUCAGCCGACCAGGAUGAAGACGAAGAGGCUGUCUGGCGCCGACUAGUAAUGCGGGGGAGAUUCAUAUGAUCAGGCGUCCGGUUUUACAUACCACGGAUAAGAUAGAAGACUAAUCCCGGAAUUCGACUAACUGCGACGAGUCCCGUGGUUACUCUAGCAUUGAACGACUAUACGUUCUACCUCGUUAUUAGGUAGAUUCUAAAGGUGGGUGUAAUGACGGCAACGACCACUUUCGCUAAGCUGGCACUACCAGUCUGCAUGCUAACAUAGCACCCAGACUCUAAGCUAUGGUGUCUUUAUGAUAAUCUAUCAGGGCUUGUGUCUGACUCCAAGCUCACAGGUUAUGAAAAGUUAAUUGGUUAUAGAAUGGUGGUAACGAUAGAUUGAUUGACAGAGCAAUGGAUGCUCAAGGUGGUUCAUCAAACCCCAGUUCAUACCGGUCGAGAUUUAACUAUCGCCGGCCAUACAUACUAGUAUAUACCCCUUUAAUAGAGAUUAUAAUGUCCA